UCCCUCGGCUUUUUCGGCUGCCCAACGGAUGCACAGAAAAGCAGAGGCCCAUUGCGAGGAAGACGAAGGUGGAAUGCGGUCGUCGUUUGCAGCCCGACGGCGGGAUGCUUUGGGAUAUCGGGUUCCCGGAACGACGCUUCGCCUUCCUUAUUCGUGGACGCUCGCUAUGUUUGUCGGGGUGGUCUGUAUGCUGGCAGUGGUCAUUUUUGCCGGUCGUUCCCUCACUGUGGUGGGAGGGAUCGAUAAUGAGAGAGACGAUGCGGGUUUGUACCCAGUGUUGUCAUGGACAGGUCAUGGUAAGGACAAGAAGGCUCUGAAGGCCUCGGACGAGCAAGUCCUCCGACAAGAACUCCAGGAGUUGGAAGCGCGGAUGGAUGAGCUCGAACGGGCGCGACGAUCCAUGCCGCGACCGCCAUUGACAACGACGCAUCAUGUCUUGGAGGCCAUGGAGGGGCAACAUGCAGUGGAAAAGGCACGCACAGACUCGAAACCCGUGCCCGGAGAUGCUGACGACCACGAGCAAAAAAGCGCCCAACAUAAAAUUAAUCCCGCCGUACUCGGCACGGACAAGGCUGCGGCCCACGGCGCAUCGGCCGCCAGCACGCAAACCCUCGGACCUGGACAUAGCCCCGAGGCGAAAGAGGGGGAGCAUCUCCCUCCCCGUCAGGACCUGGAAAAAGCGGAGUCGCACGCGACUAACAACCUCCCUGCCACGGAAAGCGCGGCAGCGUACGACAGUGACACUAGCCCCGUGCCUCUAGUGGACCCCACGGUCCUGGGCCGGGACCCGCCCGCGUUGGACCAUGCCGAUAUGCCGGGACUGUGCGCGCACAAAUCCGAUGGGGAUGAGGAUGUUUUGCGCCGGAUAGACGUCUGGCCCUCGGCCGAGAAAGGGAAGCCACGCAUCCUGUGUUUCAGCUACACCCUGUCCACGGCCCACGCCGGCCCGGUUCAGAACCUCCGGAGGACUUGGGCACAGCGGUGCGACGGCUAUGUGGCCUUCAGCAACCAGACGGACCCUCUCAUCCCGUCCGUGGACCUGAAGCACAAGGGCCCCGAGGCGUACGCGAACAUGUGGCAAAAGCUGCGGGCGGCCUGGAUCUAUUUGCACAAGCACCAUCUCCAGGACUACGAUUAUUUCUUGGCGGGCGGGGACGACAUCUUUGUGGUGGUGGAGAACCUCCGCCGGUACCUCCUCUCGCCCGAAAUCCUUGCGGCUACGAAGGAGGGCACUGAACCCAUCUUUCUCGGGCGGCCUUUUCGGCCGCCUGGCUGUGACAUCGCCUUCAAUUCUGGAGGCGCGGGUUUUGUCCUGAAUGCGCCCGCCCUCGACGUCUUGGGGAAAGAAUUGCUCGGGCACGGAAAGAAGAAGCGUCUGUGCCGCCCCAAUCAGGUUGGCUUCUGGGAGGACGUGAACGUGGCCUUUUGCCUGCACGAAGGCGGUGUCCACGUCUACAACGGCACCCAGGACGCUCACGGACGGGAACGUUUCCUCCCUUUCAAGCCAGGGCACCACCUUCGGUACCGGGUGCCGCCGAAGCCGGACUGGUACGCUGUGUACACGAAGGAAUGGGGUUUAAAAACGGGUUUGGACUGUUGCUCGACGGAGGCCAUCACUUUCCAUUACGUAAAAGGGGAUGAUAUGAAACGGUAUCAUGCCAUCGUACACGGCAUGUGUCCCAAUAUCAAAGCCAGUGAGGGCGAGGUGGCACAGAGGGCUGUCGACGCACGGAGAUGAGGGAAAUGGCGGAGGGUGUGGGGAUUGUUUUGUAAAAACGACAUGACUUUCGAAGUCACGUGCCGGUUAUUGAGAAAAUCCCACACGAAAGUGCAAUAGAAACUAGAAACUUUUCUUGAA